AAAUGAACUUCCAUGACCUCCGCCAUUUCUGACGUCAAAAAAACACGUCACAAGUCGUGAAGCUUUCAGAAACUUUGGACUGAAUACCACAAGAGCGGGGCGUUCAUAUGGACUCUGCUCGUGGACGCGGUGAACACGACCCCCAUUUGACGGCACCAUUAAACAUACUGUAUGUGCCAACAGGAUAAAUCUGUGAUGAGCUAAUAUCGGCUGAUAAUAUUGGUAAGCCAGCUGCACCCUUCUGUGUGGAGUUUGCAUGUUCACCCUGUGGGUUUAUCUCCGGGUGCUCAGGUUUCCUCCCACAGUCCAAAGACAUGCAGGUUAGGUUAAUAGUUGACUCUAAAUGUCCCGUAGGUUGUGAAUGGUUGUCUGUCUCUAUGUGUCAGCCCUGUGAUAGUCUGGCGACCUGUCCAGGUUGUACCUCCCCUUCGCCCAACGUCAGCUGGGAUCAGCUUCCCCGAAUAGGAUAAGCGGUUACAGAUAAUGAAUGAAUGAAUAUCGGUAAGCCAGUACUAAUGACGUAAAACCAAUAUUACACUAAUGUAGGUGAAAGUGUCCAGAUCCACGUUUCCACACUGUGUUUGCACAUUGACGGAUGUCCUGUCCUCCAUUCCCUCGCUGACCUAUAUUCCGUCAGGCUGACAGCUCGUAACGCAGAUGCUACAUUUUGCACCCGGCAGCGUCUCUUGGAAAUAAGGUUAAUCCUUUCUCCGUGACAUUUUAAGCGCUUUAAAUGAUAAAAACCCUCCAUUCAGUUUCUAAUGUUCCAGAGGUUGAAUCUAAAACGGAACUGGAGCGUUUUAUUACAUAAUUAAAAUCUGUAAAAAGUGAAGUCUCUCAUAAAUACAAAGCUGUUUUUGUGUUAGAGGGAUGUGACUCUUGUUUGAGUACAGAGUGGUCUGAAAGGCGGUCGUGUCCUCAGGAUGUUUAGUCAGAGCAGUCCCAGAUACAGAUAAACACAGUGUAGUGUAGUGAAAGCAACGCAUCCUCUCCGUCAACCCAUUCUCUGUGUCUCUUUAGCGUUACGUGGACGGCGGGAUCAGCAACAACCUGCCGCAGUCGGAGCUGAAGAACACCAUCACCAUCUCUCCCUUCUCCGGCGAGUGUGACAUCUGUCCCCGCGACAACUCCACCAGCUUCCACGAGCUGCGCUUCACCAACACCAGCAUCCAGAUGAACCUGGGCAACAUGUACCGCCUCAGCAGGGCCCUGUUUCCACCAGAACCCAAGGUCCUGGCUGAGAUGUGUCAGAGCGGUUAUAAGGAUGCUCUACGCUUCCUUGAAGAAAACAACCUGCUGAUGCUGGAGCAUCCGACCUCGGGCCUCGCCCCGCCAGAGAGCCCGCCAGAGAGCCCGUCCGCCUGCUGCGGCAAGCACACGGAAACCAACAAAGAGUGGGUCCUCCGGAGGGUCCUCCGGAGGCUCCGCCUGCUGCGCAAACAGCACUGGUGGCUGGAUGAGCAGAUCGUUCUGCCCACGUCCAUCAAGAAAGUGUUCUGCGAGGCCUGCCAAGACAAACCCGGCCUGUAUGCCAAGGUGUCCGGGAUGCUGCCAGUGAGAGUGGCCUCCUACAUGCUCAUGCCGUACACGCUUCCUGUACAGUCGGCCUACUCAGUGGCCCAGAGGUUAGUGGAGUGGAUCCCAGAGGUGCCAGCGGAUAUGCGCUGGCUGUUUGGGGUGGCAGGUGACAUGUACCAACAGGCCUGGAGAGGAGCACCAGCCAUCAGAGAGCCGUGCCUGAGGAAAUGCUUGAGCGAGCCGCCUCUACCUACAGAGUGUGAUAAACCCAUGCAGGGAGACAACCCGCCUCCUCUUUCCUCCCUAGACCUCCACGGCAGCUACUGGGAGAUCCCCAAAUCUACCUCCUCCCACCAUCAUCCUCACAUCGCCCCCUCCUCUCCGCAAAAAGUUAGCUUCUACGUCGGCUCGCAGGAUGAACCUGAAUGAUUCAGGACCUGCACUUUGACAAUCAUGACCCCUCUUCCUGUGAGGAGGAGCUGGUGGAUCGACGGGGUGGUACAGAUUUGAACCAGCAAACAAAAUGUUUUCAAGGAAACGCACAUUUAAUCUCUGACUCUGAACACUCCAGGCGGCACCGACUGUAUUAUAUUUUAACGAGUGCUCUGGAGAACUCACUCAGGAUCGUGGAUGUGUCUUUUAUGACCUUUUUUUUUAUGUACAGCACUAGAAAAGUGUCUAGUUUUACAAUCUAACUACAACCCUACCUACCUGUUGGUUUAAAAUAUACUCAAUGUAGCAUUCAUUCCUCAAUCCCAGUACAGAUAAUUCAAUCAAGAGUCUCCAUCUAUCUGUCCGUUUAAUUUAAUCUAAUUUAUUUUACCCUAGGGAUGCACCGAUACCGAUACCAGUAUCGGGUCCGAUACUGUGCUCAUGUACUCGUACUCGCACAACGGCUCCGAUACAACGGCUCCAAUACAACAGCAGCGAUACCGUUAGACUCCUUGGUCCGUGUUUCAAGACGGGUUGGGUGGGUUGCCGACAUCGCCGCAGACCCCUGGCGCCUUUUACGUGGGCCGAGCCCCGCUCUGGCGUCAUGACGCGGUUGGGUGCGCACUGAAAACAGUCCGUCCAGGUCGACAGUCACACUAAGAGCAGGGGGCCCCGGCGGGGAGAGAGGGCGAAGCGAGCCCUUUGUCUACGGGCGGCGAGGUCCUGGCGGGGAGCGCUGUAAAUCUGCGGCAGCGAGCCACAUUCGCCCCGAGCCUUUCCAAGCCGACCUAGAGCCGAUUACGGCGCACCGCCUCGUAUGCGGGACUCCCCAGCCUGCCGUGUGUCGCUAACACCCUCCAGCUGGCUGUUAACGAGGGUCUUUUGGCACAGAGAAGUACUCGUAUCGGUACUCGGUAUCGGCGAGUACCCAAAUGUAAGUACUUGUACUCGGUCUGAAAAAAAGUGGUAUCGGUGCAUCCCUAUUUUACCCCCCUUCCCUCAAGAGGCUUCACCUUUUGCCAGGCCACCACUGUAAAUAAGAAUUUGUUCUUAAAUGACUUGCCUGGUUAAAUAAAGGUUAAAUAAAAUAAAAUAAAAGCUUAGAUUAGUGGCUAUAGCUACAGCUGGAGCCCGGCGCUGCUGAUUACAACCGAUAGAAAUGGUGGUUGCAAUAAACUAAAGUGCCCUUUAAAUGAGGUGAUGUCAAAGACUAGAGCGUUUACUGCGUCACAGAACUCUAAAUAUUGAGACAAAUCUGCCACAUAAGUCACUUUACUCACUGAUCACUAACAUUACUGACCAAUGGGGCUGGAGGCAAUCUCAGCUGACAUGGAGUGAUGGCGGGGUACGCCCUGGACGGGUCGCCAGACUAUCACAGGGCUGACGCAUAAGAGUCAGCGCCCUGCAUGUCUUUGGACUUUUGGACUUAAUUUGCCAAAAUGAAACACUGAUGCUGAGUGUGCUCAUCAAGAGAGUCGCAACCAGUGAUGUAAUGUCAGCGUUAUCAGUGUAUUAUGGUCUGACCUUCCAGUUGUAAAUCUGUUUUUACAUCGCCUGUCACUUGAAUGUAAAGUUAUGUUAUUACACUGUGAUAUUCUCUUGUGAUUAAACAAUUUUAAAUCGGU